AUGGAUUCCGUCCGGCUUCCAACGGCUCCGUCUUCUCUCCGUACCCAAAUGUUAGGCCAACCCGUACAUCAUCACCACAUUCCACUACCUCCUCGCAAUCGCCACUACGAUGACCGCAACCUCCGAUCAAAACCGUUUAUCGGAAUCACUCGCUCCUCCCGAUCUCGGAAUCACGUGUCUCCCGUGGCCGUUAUAUCCAGAGACGAAACGUCUAUGGCUCCGCCGCUUCCGACGGCUUCUCCCUUGCCACGCCUCAUUGUCUCUCCGAAUUCGCUGCAAUACCCGGCCGGUUACCUCGGCGCGGUGCCAGAGAGAACGAGCGAUCCCGAGAACGGAAGCAUCGCGGAGGCAAUGGAGUAUUUGACGAAUAUACUGUCCACUAAGGUUUACGACAUCGCGAUUGAGUCGCCGCUGCAAUUGGCCGUAAAGCUAUCGGAGAGGUUAGGUGUUCGGAUGUUUCUCAAAAGAGAAGACUUGCAACCUGUAUUCUCGUUUAAGCUUCGUGGAGCUUACAAUAUGAUGGUGAAACUCCCAGCAGAGCAAUUGGCAAAAGGGGUUAUCUGCUCCUCAGCUGGAAACCAUGCUCAGGGAGUUGCUUUAUCUGCUAGGAAACUCGGCUGCACGGCCGUGAUUGUUAUGCCUAAAACAACCCCUGAAAUCAAGUGGCAAGCUGUGAAGAAAUUGGGUGGUACGGUUGUUCUUGUUGGGGAUUCGUAUGAUGAAGCACAAGCGUAUGCAAAGAAACGAGCUGAAGAAGAAGGUCUGACCUUUAUACCGCCUUUUGAUCACCCUGAUGUUAUUGCUGGACAAGGGACUGUUGGAAUGGAGAUCACACGUCAAGCUAAAGGUCCUAUACAUGCUAUAUUUGUGCCUGUUGGUGGUGGCGGUUUAAUAGCUGGCAUUGCCGCUUAUGUCAAGAGGGUUUCUCCAGAGGUGAAGAUCAUUGGUGUAGAACCAGCUGAUGCAAAUGCGAUGGCAUUGUCGCUGCAUCACGGUGAGAGGGUGAUAUUAGACCGGGUUGGUGGUUUUGCAGAUGGUGUAGCGGUCAAAGAAGUUGGCGAAGAGACUUUCCGUAUAUGCAGAAGGCUGAUGGAUGGUGUUGUCCUUGUCACUCGUGAUGCUAUCUGUGGAUCAAUGAAGGAUAUGCAUGAGGAGAAACGGAGCAUAUUAGAACCAGCAGGGGCUCUUGCGAUCGCUGGAGCUGAAGCAUACUGUAAAUAUUAUGGCCUAAAGGAUGUGAAUGUUGUAGCCAUAGCUAGUGGAGCAAACAUGGACUUUGACAAGCUAAGGAUUGUCACAGAACUCGCUAAUGUUGGUAGGCAACAGGAGGCUAUUUUCGCUACUUGCUUGCCGGAAAAAGCUGGAAGCUUUAAGCAAUUCUGCGAACUGGUUGGACCAAUGAACAUAACCGAGUUCAAAUAUAGAUGUGGCUCGGAGAAAGAAGCUGUUGUACUAUAUAGUGUUGGAAUGCAUACAGGCGGAGAGCUCAAAGAAUUACAGAAGAGAAUGGAAUCAUCUCAACUCAAAACUCUCAAUCUCACAACCAGUGACUUAGUGAAAGAUCAUCUUCGUUACUUGAUGGGUGGAAGAACAAGUGUUGAAGACGAGAUUCUUUGCCGAUUCACCUUCCCGGAGAGACCUGGUGCUCUAAUGAACUUCUUAGACUCUUUUAGUCCAAGGUGGAACAUUAGCCUUUUCCAUUACCGUGCACAGGGUGAGACGGGCGCGAACGUGCUGGUCGGGAUCCAAGUGCCAGAGCUAGAAAUGGAGGAGUUUCGAAACCGAGCUCAAGUUCUUGGAUAUGAGUACUUCAUGGAGAGUGAAGACAACAUUUUCAAGCUUCUGAUGCGUUGA